GGAAGUACAUGGUGUCGAUAAUUUUUGUUGAUAAGAGAAAAUCAACCACUUACAUUCAACUGACAACGUAACAUUUUGCUAAAAAACAAAACAAAACAAGGAUGAUCAAGGCUAUUCUAAUUUUUAACAACCAUGGGAAACCAAGACUCAUCCGAUUCUACCAAUAUUUUGCUGAAGACAUGCAGCAGCAAAUCAUUAGAGAGACUUUUCAUCUGGUGUCCAAAAGAGAUGAUAAUGUCUGCAAUUUUCUGGAGGGGGGAAGCUUAAUCGGUGGCUCGGACUACAAGCUAAUCUACAGACACUAUGCCACUUUGUACUUUGUGUUUUGUGUGGACUCAUCAGAGAGUGAGUUGGGAAUUCUAGACCUCAUUCAGGUAUUUGUGGAAACCCUGGACAAAUGCUUUGAGAAUGUGUGUGAGCUGGACUUAAUCUUUCACAUGGAUAAGGUCCAUUACAUUCUGCAGGAAGUUGUCAUGGGAGGUAUGGUGCUGGAAACGAACAUGAAUGAAAUAGUUGCCCAAGUGGAGCUGCAGAACAGAAUGGAGAAAUCAGAGGGUGGACUGUCUGCAGCACCAGCCCGAGCUGUCUCGGCAGUGAAAAACAUGAACCUCCCUGAAAUGCCACGUAACAUCAAUAUCGGAGACAUCAAUAUAAAAGUGUCCAGUCUUUCCCCGUUUUGAGGCUGCAUGUUACAGUACAUAUCUUUACCCGUAUGUUCUUUGUUGUUAUUGGACAUUGAGAUUCAUAGCUAUAGAUACCGUCUCCCAGAUGCCAUUUAUGUACUCACGACUGUCCAUAGACAACAGGACUUUUAACACCGGAGUACUGUUACAUUUCAUUGCAAUUAAGCCCAAAGCACACUACUUGGUCCCAUGACUUACAACAUAAGCUUUCAUUUUAAACUUUGGUUUAUAGAUAAACCAUGCUUCAAGUUUUGAUUGUAGAAUUGUUUUGUAUUUUGUCUAUGAUGUAGUAAUGUUCCAACAAACAUUAGUGUUGAGAUUGCACUUUCUUGCUUCAUAAACAGUGGUGCCACAUAUUUCCUAAACUUCUCCACCUUAACUUUAGUUUCAACACACACAAAAUUGGACUUGCUGUAUACGAUACCUGUAACAUCUCUAAUCCAGAAUAUAAAAAAAGAUAUGUGCAUUUGCACUGGUUAAUUCCAAAAAUAAUAUAGUUUUACCAGGGGCAAAGUCUGUUUCAUGUGUAGCAGCUAUGCAUCAGCAUAUUUUUUAGAAAUCAUGGUUACGACCAUUAACAACCUCACCAUGAAUUUGCAGUUAAAAAUUCAGCAUGAUUGCAUUUAAGAAUGGUGCUCUUUAAAGGUAUGGUCAACAAAAAAUGAGUUCAAAAGAUAACAUUGUUAUCGUAUAUCAAAAAACAUAAAUCAUAUCUAAUAAUCUCUGAUUUCAUGCAAAGCUAUCUAUAAAGAUAGGCACCUAUCAAUGGUCAAGAGCCAUCAUAAUUCCAUCAUGAUGCUUUUCUUACUGACUGUGAUGCUUUUUUUCUUUUGAGAUGAAGAAUGUUAAGUCGCAAUUCUUUAAUAUCUUUUUCACAGAAUUAAGAAGUUACUGCUGAGGUUCUGCUGACUUUGGAUUAAGGGUUAUUUAGAUAAAUAUUGCACGAUUGGACACAAUAUAUUGACACAAAAAUAUUUAUUGUUUGCUAUCAAUGAAAAUGAAAAUAAAUUGGAGGAUAAAAAGAAAACAAUCAAAGUUUUUGGCCCUUUUUCAACAUCCAAAAAUUACAAUUUUAAAAUGAAUUAAAGGUCAUAAUUAUCGUUUUUUACAUAACUGCUAUUUUUUCUCUCUGUGUGUUUGUACUUCGUUUGACGUACUACCAUUCAUUUAUGACA